AUGCCGAGCGCGUGCGGUGUUCCGCAUUGUCCCAACCGGUGUCUAACCGCUGCUAUCAUCAAAUUCAAAAACAUUCAGUUCCAUCGUUUGCCGGGUGAGGAACGUCUCAGAGCUGAGUGGUGUCGGCGCAUCGAUAGAGAGGAUCCCGGUCAGGCAGGGGUGCGCGUGUGCUCCGAACACUUCGACGGCGACCGCGAUUACCGGCGUAUAGGAAGCGUCCUUCGGGAUGCCGGGCAGACUGUGAAGAGAGCUCUUCUCAAGUCCGACGCAGUUCCUUCCCUUCGACUUCCCCCCACUGUGAAGCGUAACAUCCCUUCAAUGGAGGACCCAACGUCAAAACGCCGAAAACUUCUUGACGAUGACCCGAUUGAGGAGCUGGGCUUCGAAGGGAAUGCACCUUGUGAGCACGACUGCCCUUGCCGUCACCGACCGACGACAAGCGAUGCAGCGGUUCAGGCCGACCCGCAAGAGAAGCCGCAGGUUCCGACCCCGGCUGUUUUGAAAGACAGUUCUGUGGGAACGGAUCCAAGGCUGGGAAAAAGAUCAGUCGGCACGCAGGCAAACUCCUAUGCCAGAGGCGUCACUAGCCACGACGUUCAGACAGAAGCUUUGGAGCUACCUGGCAGUUGCAGCGCCACUGCCAGCAUCAGUACCACCACCACUGCUGCUGUAUCUGCCUCCUUCCCCACAACC